CAGUAUUCGCCGGCGCAGUAGGCAAAAGCCGAAAGUUCGUGCACUUUGCAGCUAUUGUUUCAAUUAAAUUAAUUGCAAUUUGCAUCAAUUCCCCAUAAAGUGCAACUGUAAAACAUUUCCCAAACCGAUAACAAUCAUAUUACUCAAUUGUUGCUUAUUUUAAUGGCAUCAAUGACUUUGUGAUAAGCAGCGCAAAAUGGCGACAAGUGACGAAAACAAUUCCAGCCUGGGUGAUGCGCACGUCGCAGUGCAGAAGCUGCAGCCACAGGCAAACUUCUAUGAGCGCCUAAUAAAGCUGGGCGCCUUCUACAAGCAACAAUUCAGCAAAGAGCCGGACUUCUAUGUGCGGGUGCCUGGUCGUGUGAAUAUCAUUGGUGAGCAUGUCGACUAUUGCGGUUACUCGGUGCUGCCCAUGGCGGUGGAGCAGAGCAUCAUCUUGGCUGUUGGUAGCGACCCGAAAAACGAUCAACUGCAGCUGCGUCCGCUAGACGAGGGCAAGUUUCAGGUCUUCGAUAGCGAUCUCAACACCCUUGAUAUUAAGCUGCCCAAGACUGGCGGCCCAGCUUGGUACAAUUACUACUUGUGCGCAAUCAAGGGUAUACAGGAGCAGCUGGGCAAGAAGUGGCACCCCAUUGGCAUGCAGGUGGCACUCAGCGGCAAUGUGCCCCUCGCUGCAGGUCUCUCAAGCUCUAGUGCGCUAGUCAGCGCAGCUGUGCUAGCCACAGCUCAUGUGCAGGGCAUGCAUCUGGAUCGCAAGCUGUUGGCCUCGAUAUCGGCAAGUUGCGAACAGUAUAUUGGCACGCACAGCGGCGGCAUGGAUCAGGCUAUUGCCUAUCUGGCCAAGCAGGGCUGUGCCCAGCACAUUGAAUUCCAUCCGAAACUUAAGGGCACACCGGUCACAUUACCAGCUGGCAGCUGCUUUGUGGUGGCCAAUAGUCUGGUGCAGAAGAAGAAGGCUGCAUCCUCGGACUACAACGAGCGCGUGGUCGAGUGCCGGCUGGCCACACGUUGGCUGGCCAAGUCACAGAAGUUGCCCAAUUGGCAGGAAUUCAUACGAUUCAUUGAUCUCGAAGAAGAGUGCAAUUUGGACAAUGCUGCGUAUGCGCAAUUAAUUGAGAAGCAAUUGACUAAGCCGCUUUAUACACGCGAAGACAUCUGCGAGGCUUUAGGAAUCACGGAGCAACAGCUGGAAAUGGAUUUCUUAACGCCCAGCACACAGCAUAUGCAGCAGUUCAAACUGCGACAACGCGCACUGCAUGUCAUUCAGGAGUCUGGUCGUGUAGUAAAAUUCCGUCAGAUUUGCGAGCAGCUGCAGCGUCGUCCCAGCAAACAAGACGUUGAGCAACUGGGCAAACUCAUGCAACAGUCGCAUCACAGCCUCCGCGAGCUCUACGAAUGCUCCCAUCCCGAUCUUGAGCGACUGGUGGCUCUCUCUGUCAAGCAAGGCGUCAGCGCACGUGUCACUGGAGCUGGCUGGGGGGGCUGCAUUGUGGCCAUGUGCGACUCGGUCAACGCUGCUGCGGAUUAUGUCAAGGUGUUGAAGCGUGAGUACUACGCUCAGUUGCCGACGCAUCUUUUGGAGCGCUAUCAGCCCAAUGAUUUCAAUGAAGUCGUCUUUGCAACUGUGCCCAGCAAUGGCGCUGAACUUUUUGUACAAUAAUCAAGACACAAUUUGUAAGCAAUUUGUAUAUAAACUUAGUAAACCCAAAGUACUUCCAAUCAAUGAUGUUUGUGUGCAUCUUGAGCAAGUGACAAUCCAGCCAUUAACAAACAGUUUUGAUACGUUUUAGAUUUAUUAACAUACUAUAAACUAGAAUACAACAAGGCACUUGGUGAAUGAAAGAUAUCUGCGAAUCUUCGGUUCUAUCGACGACUCAGAAAGCCCGCGUUCUUAAAGAUCUUGUAGACCUGGUCGCGUGGAAUCCUUUCGGCCUCGCGGUGCACUACGGCCAUCUCUUUGCGUGUCAAGAGCGAUUCCUUGGCCAAAUUGGCUGCAAUCACGGGAUCGUUGUAGAAGCGUGCGCUCUUAGAAAGUUCUGCGGGCAAUUCGGAUUCCCAUUGGGCAUUCUGGACGACUGAAGGAUGGGCAUCGGCUGUGGCAUAUCCUACAUAUUGGGAUUCCGGCACAUACGAAGGCUUCGACGAGGACAAGCCAAGAGCCUGAUGAUAGAAGAACUGGGCGUGUGCCAGAGUUAGGCAGCUAAGGAACAGGAAAGUUAGGCGGGUGGACAACAUGAUCACUGCAAGAGAGGACAAGAAGUUGGAGUUUGCAAUUGCAGUUGCAGUGCAGUUGGCAAAGCAUUCUAUUUUUGGAAACCUAAUAAAUGAUAGGCCUGAUUUAUGGGGCGCUGGUCAGUUGGCAGUUUUCUAAUCUACAAGCUGCAAACUGUCAGUUACGUGCGUCAUAAAUUAUUUACGGAAAAAUCAAUUAUCGCCAGCAUGUGGAGCAAGUGGAGCCUAGACUAGACACCGCCGCUGUUGCUGCUGUUGCUACUGCAGCAACUGUUGCAAGCUGCAACUAUUGCUGCGUUUAUCCAUGAACUUUUUGCAAUAGCCUUUUUUGCUGGCUGAUAACACUUUAGACUGUUUGCAUUGAUCUCAAUUGCAGCUGUCUUUGCUGUAAUUGUUGUGUCAUGCCGUGUGCUCCACUUUGCACUGAUUUAAUUCACACAUUCACAUAGUUACACACACAAUUGGCUUGCUAAACAAUAUAUUACAAGCUUGUCUCUGGCAUUAAGCCAAAGUCAAGGUUGCCCACCACUCGAAUGAUUCUUUUUUAUCGCAUAACAUCGCCCACAAUUUGUUUGUUUUUGUUGUAUUGUAAACUUGGCUCACAUCAAAUGCUUGGAUGCUGCAACAGCUGGCUGAGUUGAAACUGAAACUGUAACUGAAUCUAGAAUAGCGAGUUGUCGUACUUUUAUGUGUUUGGCGUUGAAUGCCACAAGAACGAGUUUCACUCACAACAUUGAGACACUCGAAGCACUCAAAAACCAAAAAAAAAAACGAAUUCGCUCAAAAGUUGUCGCCAAAUGCGAGCGAAUUAUUUUGUUUUUAUUAUAUUAAUUAUGGAUUAAAGAGCAGAGCUAUAUGUGUAGCUCGAAGCCGUACUCCUAUCUGACCUAGGCCUAGGCAAAAGUGUUCAGCAUUUGCAAUUAAAGGCAAUGAGUUUUUCAGUUGUCUACAGUUUCUCAUGCUCUACUAAAUGCCCGCCAAAAAAGGUCGCAAGUUUUGCCGGGGCGCAGGCGCUGUUAGCUCAAUUAUUACGCACACACACCUCCGACAAGCAACAACAACGACAACAACAAAAAUCUGCUUAGAAUCCAAAUCCCAAGCAACGCUUUCGGCUUUUGAAAGUCUCGAUUGACCCUGAAAACUUAAUGCUCAACUCGAUGUCUCAAUCUUUGUCUCAGUCUCCAUCUACGUGGCGAGCUGCACAUGUUUGACCCUAAUUUGUUGUGGUUGCUUUUAGUUGGGGGUUAUUCAACCGCCUAAUCUCAGUUGAUGCGGAAGCUUUGCGCCAGGGUGGAUAACUUCGAGUCUCAGUCUUGAUCACCCUUCCUCGCCUUGAACUUUGCCGUGUAGGCGGUGCUCAGGUGCGUGGCGUGGUAUUUACAUUGUUUUGGAUUCGGAUCUUGAUUUCAUUUUCUUGGGAGUGGUACCAUUUGUACAAAUUUGUCUUUAUUUAUUGCCCGCGUCGAAUUUGAUAUUUAAUUAAUAGACAUUUUGUAGUUGCAUAUUAAACAGGCCAAUGGUUAACGCUGCAUUGUUUCGCACACACAAAGAUAAACUGUCAAGCUGAUUUUAAUGAGCUCGAUCUCUGAACUUUAUGAGCGCGAUUUGAACAAGA